AUGGAAUCCUCUGAUCUGACCGCGCCUUACGCCAGGCAGGCCAACGCUUUAUCUCCCACGCAACGAUCUUCAUCCCAUUCGUCUCAUCGUGAGCCACACCGCAUGGCUGCCUUCGAAACGGUCACCGUGCCUGACCAGGGCCAAUCGCAACCUGUCAACGAGGUCACUCCGAUCGUGAGCAACUCUGACACAUCUCGGCGCAACUAUCAUUCUACCGACGGUCUACGGAACAGGGACUCGGGAUCAACAAACAAUAACACGGUCUCACGGGAUCCCGGUCAGCAGAACUCCCAGUGUGACUCGGAAGAACCGCACGGCUCGUGGUAUAGCCGGCUGGCAGAUAGAUAUGGAAGCUUGGAGUUAGAAAAUAAAGGCAGUGUGGCCCGAGAUCAUCUCGCUUUGGAACGAACCUUUCUGGCAUGGCUGCGGACAUCGUUAGCCUUUGCAUCGAUUGGCAUCGCAGUAACCCAGUUAUUCCGUCUUAAUAGUGCCGGGACGAACGCGAAUGCCAAUCUUUCCGCUCAAAAUUAUCUUUUGCCAUCUGCCGCUUAUGAUUCCACGCCAAUAGGGGUGACAUCUGCCUCUGCACGCCUUCGGAACAUCGGUAAGCCGUUAGGGACUACUUUCAUUGGAGUUGCAAUUUUGAUUUUAUUGGUUGGAUUCCACCGCUAUUUUGAGAGCCAGUAUUGGAUUAUUAGGGGCAAAUUCCCGGCCAGCCGUGGCAGUGUUGCAUUGACAGCCUUUGUAGCUGCUGCUCUGAUUGUUACCGCUUUUGUUGUGAUCCUUGCCAUCUCUCCCGGCGCGGUUGAAGCGUAG